CCGGGCACAGGCACCCGGGCCGGCCGGCGUGCGGACCUGGGCAGCCUCUGCCCCUCUGGCCAUGGCGGCCAAGGUGGACCUCAACACCUCCACCGACUGGAAGGAGGCCAAAGCUUUUUUGAAGGGCCUGAGUGACAAGCAGAGGGAGGAGCAUUAUUUCUGCCGAGACUUUGUCAAGCUGAAGAAGAUCCCGACGUGGAAGGACAUGGCCAAAGGGGCUACCGCUAAGGAGGAGGAGCCCCAGUACAAGAAGGACAAGGCCCUGAAUGAGAAGAUCUCCCUCUUCCGCGGAGACAUCACCAAGCUGGAGGUGGACGCCAUCGUGAAUGCAGCUAACAGCUCCCUGCUCGGAGGCGGCGGCGUGGAUGGCUGUAUCCACCGAGCCGCGGGGCACCUGCUGACCGAGGAGUGCCGUAGUCUACACAGCUGCGAGACGGGCAAAGCCAAGAUCACCGGGGGCUACCGCCUGCCAGCCAAGUACGUCAUCCAUACCGUGGGGCCCAUCGCUCAGGGAGACCCCAGCCCCAGCCAGGCCCAGGAGCUGCGCAACUGCUACGUGAACAGCCUGCAGCUGGCGCUGGAGAACCGCCUUCGCUCAGUGGCCUUCCCGUGCAUCUCCACUGGGGUCUUUGGUUACCCCAAUGAGGCCGCAGCUGAGGUCGUCCUGAGCACUCUCCGAGAGUGGCUGGAGGAGCACAAGGACAAGGUGGAUCGACUGCUUAUCUGCGUGUUUCUGGAAAAGGAUGAGGAGAUAUACCGCAAGCGGCUGCCUCAUUUCUUUCCUGUGGCCUGACGCUGCCCCUCCCCACUCCCCAAGACUGAUCCUCCCACGGGGCUGCAGUCCCAGCUCUGAGGACGAGACCGUUCACCCCACCCAAGCUGCCCUCGCCCCGGACCCCCCCUUCCCCGUGACCCUCCCACAGGAAUGAGGAUCUCACAAUACUACUCAAUAAAGAGUUCUGCUCAGUA